AUGUUACUUAUUCAACAAUCUUCAACGUUUCGUAUUUGGACGAGUCGAACAUUGAUGUUUUAUUUCCGUCGUACAUUACUUUUUCUUGUUGUUAAUUCGCGUCAAAAAAUAAACAAAGACAAACAUGAUAUUAAAGAUGAUGAGUAUAAACUGCUUGAAAAAUCUUUAUGUGUUCAAAAUCAAAAUCAAAAUCGAAAUCAUUCUAAUCUAUUGCAAAUAAAUCAAUCAAAAUAUGAUUUAUUAAAAGAAUAUUCUUUUAAAAGAUCAUAUCAAGGUUUCAAUAAUUCAAUGAAAAGUUAUUCAUCCAAUGAAUCAAUUGAUGAAACGUCGUCAACGAUAAUUUCAACAAAUUUAUCACCGUAUCAUAAAAUGAUCGUUGGAAAAAAAUUUAAAAUGUCCACACCGCAUUCACUGCACUGUUGUCGUUUAGCCACACUAGAAGCCAUGGAUAAUACGAACGUUCAUAAAAAUAAAAAUAAAUUAAAUGAUUCUACUGAUCAAUAUCAAGCAGUUGAUUUAUUUUCCUCGUGCCAAUCAAUCCCUAUGAAUAAUCAAAAUCAAAUUAAUAGUUGCCUAUCAUAUCAUUCUCCAGUGAAUUGUAAAAAUUCAACACCAUUGUUUUCGCAUUGUGGAUCUUGUUCAUCAUUACUUUCUAUAAGUGACUUGUCAGAUGAUGAAACUUCAUCGUCGAAUGAAAAUUUAUCUGUACCCAUUGAAGAAAAACUCUCCCAAGUAUUCGAUGAUGAAAAUGAUAUUUAUGAAAAAUAUCAAACGUCAUUUUCACAUAUUCUUCAUCAUACAAAAAGUCUUCAUACAAUACGUGAAGAAGACAAACUGCACUCGAUGUUAGCACUUGAACCACAUACAUCAAUUAUUACUGUUCUCCAAUUAACGUGCUCUUGUAUGAAUUCAAACAAUACUAUCUAUCAUACAAUAUUAACAAGUUAUAUAUGCGUUCGAUUGAUUGCCGAGCGAACAGAUUUAGCCAUUGAAUCUGAUAAAAAAUCAAUGGAAUGUAAACGAAAUUUUACUUGUUUCCCUAUGAAACAAACAGAAAAACCGUUGAUGAAUUCUGUCAUCAAAUCGACAACGAUUGAUAACGAACAACAGUCAUCAAUAUUUAUUAAUAAAAAUUUCGAAGCGAUUUCUAUUAUGUAA